AUGCCCCCCUCGAACCAGCUUGGCAAACGCGUCAAGUUGACGCAGGUGCGACGGCCUUUUAUCGUCGGCACCACCGCCAUUCCCUUCUCCGAGACGAAUCCCAAGCCGCCCGGCACGCCAGACAACCACACCCAUUCAUGGCAGGUGUUCGUGAAAGGCCUGGAAGACACAGACAUCACGUACUGGGUGCGCCGUGUUCAGUUCAAGCUGCACGAAUCGAUUCCCAACUACGUGCGGAACGCUAACAAGCCCAACACAGUGGUCGAGGGCGAGCAGGGGAAGCCCUUUGUCGUCAACGAGACGGGAUGGGGUGAAUUCGACAUCACCAUCAAGCUGUACUACGUCAACGACUCGGGCGAGAAGCCGCAGACCAUGUACCACUAUCUCCGCCUGCACCCGUUCGGCCGGACCGAAGAGGAGAAGCAGUCAAUGGUGACCAAGAAUGGAGAGGUCCGGUCCUGGAGUUACGAGGAGCAGCUUUUCAACGAACCGUACGAAGCAUUCUUCCAGAUCCUGACAUCUGGGGCGGUGCCCAAAGGCUGGAAGCCAUCUGGAGCGUCCGGCAAGGGAAAGGGCAAAAACCGUGCACCGCCGCCGCUACCCGCCCCCGAUAGCGGCGAGGUGUGGGAGCAUACGGCCAUGAUCCCGAACCACAACCGGCCUGGACAGCCGUUUAGCCGCGAGACUGAAGCCGCUGAGGUGCGGAGGCUUAAGGAGGCGCAGGCCAAGACGGAGGAAAUGUGCGCGCAGAUCCUGUCGGAGCUCAAGGCCAAGGAAGAAUUACUGGCUAAGCUCAAGGCUGAGAAUCAGGCAGCGGCGGCGGCGGCGGCGGCGAAACCUGCCUAG